UAGAAACUGGGUGUUUCUCAACAGCAGAACUGUCAAAGCCAAACGCAGCGAAGGUUUGGCUCAUUUUUAUUAAUAAAGAAACGUGAUUGGACGCUGAGAAAGGUUUAUCCAGGGACGUAGGCACAAACUAAUCAAUAUUCAUGAGCCAAACCUUGGCCAUAGUAGAAUUUGCAAUUCCGCUCUCCACCCGUCAGUUGCGGGAUAGGCAAACCGUCGGAAGUUUGUGGGAGAUGGGCUGAAAAGUCCAGUACAGGCAGACCGAAAACUGAUGCACAGGAGUUUCACAGCUGCUUAGAAGUGUGGUAAUGCUUAGUCUCAGAAAUGCCGUACGUAGAUCGUCAGAACCGGAUAUGUGGCUUUUUAGACAUCGAGGAAAUGGAGAACAGUGGCAAGUUUUUACGACGCUACUUUAUUCUGGACACGAUGGACAGCAGCCUGAUGUGGUUCAUGGAUAACCCUCAGAAUCUUCCAGAAGGAACGUCCAAUGUCGGCUCAAUCAAACUAACAUACAUAUCCAAGGUUAGCGAUGCCACCAAAUUGCGACCAAAGGCAGAGUUCUGCUUCGUGAUCAACGCUGGAAUGAGGAAGUUUUACUUGCAGGCCAAUGAUAAGCAAGAUUUAGUGGAGUGGGUCAGUGAGCUGAACAAAGCCACCAAAAUCACAGUGCCAAAGUCAGGCGAGCAGGUGGCUCCAAAUACAGCAGAAGCCUGUGUGGACACGUCCUCCAGUGCCACCAAACAAGUGUCCUACAAGACGGAGAUCGUCGCAGGAGUGCCCAUUAUCACAACCACACAGGAAAAGGGUGAAGGUCAGAAUGGUGCAGACAAGAGUGGACUAAGGAAACCUCCUGGUCAACUGCCAUAUUACCUGAGCCGCAGUAACCAAGACCAGUCGGUCAUUAAAACUGGAUAUUGUGUCAAACAGGGAGCUGUGAUGAAGAACUGGAAGAGGAGAUACUUCAUGCUGGAUGACAAUGCACUCAGCUACUUCAAAACAGACAUGGAGCGAGAGCCAUUAAAGGUUAUCCUUCUGAAAGAAGUGAACAAGGUGCAGGAGUGUAAACAAAGUGACUUGAUGAUGAGGGACAAUCUUUUUGAACUGGUUACUACCACGAGAACUUUCUACAUUCAGUCUGACAGCCCUGAAGAGAUGCACGGCUGGAUAAAGGCUAUCUCUGGGGCCAUAGUGGCCCAGCGGGGUCCUGGACGCUCAGCAGCAUCUAUGCGUCAGGCCAGGCGGCUCUCAAACCCUUGUAUACAGAGGUAUACAUCCUGCAAUGGUGAAUGCAGCACAGAUUAAAUGUGACACUGAGACACUAACAAUCAAAAAAACGAGCCCUUUUCCUGCACUACCAGCUCUCCUCUUCCUGCUGUUUCCCAGAAUGAUCAACAUCUUCCAGCCUGGUUGCUUUCACUGCCAUUGUUUGACUGCCGCCUGUGUCCCAAACUGCACUUAACAUCCUGCUGUAACUCCUGCUUCACCCUGUUCUCAAGUUUUUCACCCUCUCUACAAAAUCUGUUUCCUCUGUCCCAACUGACACAGCGUUCUGGUGUUUUUGUAACUGUUCCUCGAUCUCCGCAGGAGCCUGCUGAACCAACCUCGACCUUCUACCACGAUGAACCAAGUCUCCCAACUUCUCGCUCACCCGUCCCUGCUGAACUCAGUUUCCCAGAAUGCCAUCUCCCCUCGGGCCAUCAGCAUGGCGUGGGAGGGAGCAGAGCGAACCAGCAUGCGGGCCGGGGCACGAGCGCGCCUGUCGCUCCAGGAGUCGCCCCAAAUCUACUUAAAGUAAACACAGAUGACUGCUCGCCUUGGCAGAGAAGAACCAACAUAACACCACCUUCAAAUUCCCCUAAAGAUAAAGACUUGCACACUACCGAAGUGUAACAGCAAUGUUCUGGGUAUUUUACACACACGCACAUUACAAAUGAUAACGGUAGGGACUCAAGCCCAAUGCAUCAUGGGAUAAUAAGGACUGUGAAAUUUAAUUAAUGUCAAGCCUCUCAAAGAAUUGUACACUAUUACACAAAGUUAUUGGCAUUCGUUGAUAACAAUAGUUGGCAAUUAUUUUUCUGCUAAGGGAAAUUAGGGCACGUGUCCAGCAAAGCUUAUUUGCAUAGCUGAAAAUUCCAGCACUCUUCUAAAAACGCUCAACAAGAGCAUUUUUUCAACUGUUGGAGCGUUUAUAAAAGGCUAGGCACUUUGUGUAAAAUGCACACUGAACACCUUGCUGAAAAACAUAGCGCUUCCAUUGAUAACAACAGAAAGAAAAUGCUGUGAGUGGGAAAUAACGCUUAGGUGUACUAGCGCACUUACACAUAGAUACAGUUGAAGUCAAAUUAUUAGCCCUCCUGUGAUUUUUUUUUUUCUUAAAUUUUUCCUAAAUGAUGUUUAACAGUGCAAGGAUUUUUUUUCCACAGUAUUUCC